AUGGCCACCAAUGGACACUCUGGAAACCGCUUCCUAAUCUGGGGCGGCAAGGGCUGGGUUGCGAACCACCUCAAGGAAAUACUCGAGGGCCAGGGCAAGGAGGUCUACACUACCACCGUCCGCAUGGAGGACCGCGAGGCCGUCAUCGCCGAGCUUGACAAGGUCAAGCCUACCCACGUCCUCAACUGCGCCGGCUGCACCGGCCGCCCCAAUGUCGACUGGUGCGAGGAUAACAAGGAGGCCACCAUGCGCUCCAACGUUAUCGGCACCAUGAACCUUACCGACGCCUGCUACCUCAAGGGCAUCCACUGCACCGUUUUUGCCACUGGCUGCAUUUACCAGUACGACGACGCCCACCCCAUCGGCGGCCCCGGCUACCUCGAGACCGACCCUGCCAACUUCAAGGGCAGCUUCUACUCAGAGACCAAGGGUCACGUUGAGGAGGUCAUGAAGUACUACACUAACUGCCUUAUCCUCCGCCUGCGCAUGCCCGUCAGCGACGACCUGCACCCGCGCAACUUUGUCACCAAGAUCGCCAAGUACGACCGGGUUGUCGACAUCCCCAACAGCAACACGAUCCUCCAUGACCUCCUCCCAGCGUCGAUUCUCAUGGCCGAGCACAAGGACACGGGCAUCUACAACUUCACCAACCCGGGUGCCAUCUCGCACAACGAGGUGCUCUCCCUGUUCAAAGAGAUUGUGCGCCCCGACUUCACAUGGAAGAACUUCUCCCUCGAGGAGCAGUCCAAGGUCAUCAAGGCCGGUCGCAGCAACUGCAAGCUCGACACAACAAAGCUGGAGAAGAAGCUCAAGGAGUACAAUUACACGGUGCCCGAGAUCCACGAGGCGUACCGCGCCUGCUUCGAGCGCAUGAAGGCCAAUGGCGCUCAGUAA